AUGGAUGAAGAAUUAAGUGUAUUAAAAUCCAUUUACUUGGAAGAUCUAGAAAUCGAUUCGGGUGACCCAACAACGAUCACGAUUACAAUCUUUUCCAACGGUGAUGAAAACGAUCUCGAUCAAGAUAAACGACUUCUACGUAUAACAUUCGUUGCUGAACUUCCGUCAACAUAUCCUGAUACAGAUUCGCCUAAAAUAACACUUUGUCGCUCGCGUGGUUUGACCGAUGAACAACUAGAUGAAUUGAAUUCAUCAAUUACAACUUGCCUUCAGUCGAAUCUUGGCUCAUGCGUACUCUACGAAUGUAUCGAACUAAUUCGCUCAAAAUUAUCUUCCUAUGAUCUUCCAUUUGAAUCCUGCGCCAUAUGUUUAACUUCGAUGACAGAUCGGAAUGAAAUCAUUAAAACAAACUGCCAUCAUUUUUAUCAUAAAACUUGUCUUAAACCUUAUGUUGAUAUGCGGAAGACAGAAUUGGAAGAAAAAUAUCGCGAAUUGAAGAACAAUGGUUUCUACAUCGAACGAGAUUUUCGCCAAGAUAUCGAAGAUCCUGUAUGUCGACAAAUUCUUUCGAGUCACGUUAUCGAACAGCUACCAGAUACUUCGACUAUCGAAACAGUGUCAAGUGAAGAACACCAAGAACUAAUUCAUCAACUUUCACCACAUGUUCGACAAUGGCAAGAACGCACACAAGCACUUUUCCAACAACAAAAAGAGAAAGGAGGCAUUAUCGAUCUUGAUAAGAACCAAGAAAUGAUAUUCACGUGA